AUGCUAAGUGACAUCGACACGCCAACUUUGCCGUUUGGUCUUAGUGAUGUCCAUCGCAGUGGUACCGACGUUAAUGCUGCAGAACUUGCUUUGCCACAAGAACUGAAUAAUCAGUUGCGAGCUCUUGCACGUCAUUUCCGUGUAAGCUUGGCCAGUUUGUGCCAUUUGGCUUGGGCACAAGUACUUUCUCAUACCAGUGGAAAUGAGGCAGUUGUAUUUGGUACUGUGCUACUCGGUCGUCUACAGUCCGGCGAAGGAAAUGAAACUGCAAUGGGGCUAUUGAUCAACACGCUGCCAUUGCGGUUGGAUAUCGAUGAUACAACAGUUGAAAACGCUGUGCGAAACGCUCAUUCUCAAUUGAGUAGUUUAUUGACACACGAAUAUGCAUCGCUGGCCUUGGCACAACGAUGCAGUGCCGUACCAGUUGCUCUACCACUUUUCAGCGCAUUAUUGAACUGUCGCCAUGAAACACAAGAAGAGCAUGUCACUACUGAACUUCCUACUGGAGUUAGUGUUCUUAAUGGUGAUAGUAAAACAAAUUACCCAUUGUCGUUGUCAGUAGAUGAUGAUGAAAAUUCGUUGAAUCUUUCGGCCCAAGUGAUAUUGCCAGUAUCAGCAACACGGAUUUGUGCUUAUAUGCAACAGGCUUUAAUAUCCCUGGCCGAUGCCAUGACGAACACACCACAACAAUCAAUACGGUCAUUAACAGUGAUGCCACAAGAGGAGCGUAAAAUGUUGCUUCAUAGCUGGAACCAAACCAAAGUCAACUAUCCAUCUGUACACUAUAUUCAUGAAUUAUUUGAGGCGCAGGUGAAGAACGAUGGACAAGCCAUUGCUAUUGAGUGUGAAGGAGAAACAAUUAACUAUUCAGAUCUUAAUGCACAAGCAAAUCGAUUAGCACACUACCUGAUUGCGAAAGGUGUUAUGCCAGAUGAUCGCAUAGCACUUUGCGUGAAACGCAGUACGAAUUUACUCGUAGCUAUAUUGGGUAUUUUAAAAUCGGGCGGUGCUUAUGUUCCGCUUGAUCCAGCCUAUUCCAGUCAACGGCUACAAAAUAUUCUUGAGGAUGCCGAACCAGUGUGUUUGUUGACAGAUGCCCCUGGUCAGGAAGCACUUGGAGACCAUCAAGUGCCAGUAGUGGACUUAGAUCAAGCAUUGCCUGACGGUCUAUCAACAGCCAAUCCUGACUCAAAAAAAACUGGGAUUAGCUACGGCUCAUCUGGCCUAUGUAAUUUACACAUCCGGCUCGACCGGAACUCCGAAAGUCAGGACAAAUGGUGUCUCUUCCACUCAUACUCGUUUGAUUUUUCCGUGUGGGAGAUGUGGGGUGCAUUAUUCAAUGGAAGUCAAUUGGCGAUUGUGCCUUACAAUCUCAGUCGGUCACCGCUUGAAUUUUAUGAAUGGACUUGUAGCAGUGGUAUAACUGUGCUUAAUCAAACUCCUUCUGCUUUUAAAACAUUUAUGCAGAUGAAAAGUACCAGUUCACUGUGUGAUCGACUACGCUAUGUGGUCCUUGGAGGUGAAGAAUUAGAUGCAUUGACCGCAAAGAGCUGGUACGAAAAGUGUUCAAAAGGUCAAACAACUCUAGUCAAUAUGUAUGGUACGACGGAAACAACGGUUCAUGCCAGCUACCAACGGUUAGAAUCGGAAAAAUCUGUUCAUUCAGUCGGACGACCGCUUGCAGAUCUUUGUUAUUAUCUGUUAGACGCGCAUAGCGAACCAGUGCCAUUGGGAGUCGAAGGAGAACUGUAUAUUGGUGGUGGUGGUGUGGCACGCGGCUAUCUCAACCGACCUGAACUUACUGCGGAACGAUUUUUGUCCGAUCCAUUCAGUGAUAGUCCAGGGGCUCGCAUGUAUCGCACCGGUGAUCUGGCACGCUAUCUACCUGACGGCAAUUUGGUCCAUUUGGGACGCAUCGAUCAACAGGUUAAAGUCCGUGGUUUCCGUGUUGAGCUUGGUGAAAUCGAGGCUCGUUUGAUCGAACAUCCCCAAGUAAGCGAAGCAGUUGUUUUGUUAUGUAAAAACAAUACUGAUGCACGUCUCGUCGCCUAUGUUGUGGUCGAUCCAGAUGAAUCGCUUGCUCAAAAUUUAC